AUGUCUCAUACCAGGACCAUUUUGAGUUAUAUCCACCAAAACAGCCCGAACAAGAUCACCGUUUCAGAUCACAAGAGUAACGAUAAACCACUUAAGGUGCCGCCAGCGUUUACUGAAAAAACCAGAGAUUUGAAACCCAGAACUCCACUUGCCAAGAGAACCUUUUUUAAUGAUUGCACAGACAGUUCUCUCAAGGAGUCUAAGAACUCCAUCAGAGACUCUCUCAGGUACUCUGUGAAAGCUUAUACGAGCCACGAAGCUGGUCUUUACCAGAUGCGUCAUCUUUUGGGUGCUGACGAUGGUCGUAGGCAGGUGCACGUGGCCACCACCCAAGUGCCAGAGCCAGAAACCAGGCCUAGUCUUCGACACAUGUCGAGAUCGCCAUCGAUUUUGGUCAAGAAGGAGAGUCCUGCUCGUGACAGGUUUGUGGACCAGUUGCGUGAUAUCAUUGCACGUUGUUUGAAGCGGAAGCUUGGGUUGAGUGACUUUCAAAUGCAAACAGAGUUGGUUAAGGAGGCAUUGACGUAUUCGAAUAACUUGUUGCUUCAGGAUAUGAAGUCGGCGUCUACAGAAGAGCUUUGCCUGGAGUUUCUGAACUUGAAAGCGGCAGACGACAUGAGAGAGUCGUUUGAUGAUCUCCCGUGUGACUUUCUCGAUAAGUAUGAGCUUCUAGCGCUUGACCAUUUUGAAGAUAUGAUUUUCGAAUCGACAACCAACUCCUUGGGCUGGGCCCACGAUAGUGGUACUCUUCGUGAUCCAAACUCGUACCAAACAUUCAAAGAUAUCUGGAUGCUUGACCCGCCCAAUUUUGCCGAAUUCGACGUGCACGCCUUCAUUUCAGAUGUUCUGGACACCAACGAGUGCCCGUUUUCGUUCAACUCAUACAAAGAAUCGUUCAUGAACCAUUUUGGCGAAAGUGCCAUCAAGAUGAACAUUCUUCGGUACUACUACACUUAUAGAAGCGAGUUCUACACCCACCAGCGUGCCAAGAAGGAGCUACCCGCCGGAAGUUUGAGUGAGAUGCCAGAGUUCGAAGGGCUCCUGGAGCUGGUGGAGCAGUUCAAAGACUCCAUAGAAAGCGACGAACGGCUGAAACCUCGCAAAUCAUUAAGGUUUGCUGACGAAAUGUCGGUUUGA